AUGGACUCAGCCAUCUACGAUGCCGAGACUCGAUUUAUCGAGCGCCACCCUGAAUCCCAGCGCCUGCACAAGCUGUCACUUGCAAGCUUACCGGGAGGAAAUACCCGCACUCUGUUGCACACCGCACCAUUUCCAGUUUUUAUGCGCAAAGGAAAGGGAUCAGAAUUGUGGGACGAAGAUGGGAACAAAUAUUAUGAUCUAGUCGGUGAAUUGUCCGCCGGGCUAUAUGGGCACUCUCACCCAACGCUACAGAAAGUAUUGACAGAUACCAUUCAGAAUAUUGGUUUGAGUCUGGGUGCAACCAAUAUCUACGAGCAGCAAUAUGCCUCAUUGCUGUGUGAGCGAUUUGGACUUGAACGGGUUCGAUUUACAAACUCAGGAACAGAAGCAAACAUACAUUGUCUUGCUGCAGCCAGAAAAUUCACCAGUCGUCGUAAGAUAAUCGUCUUUCGUGGAGCCUAUCAUGGUAGUGUGCUAUCCUUUGGGGCUGGAAUUCCAGAAAACAACAUUGACCAGGCUGAUUGGGUACUACUACAGUAUAACGAUUCGGAGGGGGUCCGGGAAGCGUUUUUACAGAAUGAUGAUAUUGCCGCCGUCAUUCUGGAGGGGAUCCAGGGGUCUGCCGGGUUUAUUUCGGCAUCCUUGGAGUUCCUACGAACAAUCCGCGAGGAGAGCGAGAAAGCGGGCGCAUUGAUGAUUCUGGACGAAGUCAUGACAUCUCGGUUGGCGUUUGGUGGUCUGAAAAAUAUGCUCGGAAUCAGACCAGAUCUUAUCACUUUGGGCAAGUAUCUAGGUGGAGGCUUGCCAUUCGGGGCCUUCGGUGGUCGAGGAGAUAUUAUGGAUGUUUUCAACCCGCUCACUCCCGGGGCUUUGGCACAUUCUGGCACAUUCCAGAAUAACACUUUGAUGCUACACUCCGGGUAUGCGGGACUGUCUGAAGUGUAUACCGCUGAAGCUGUUCUAUCGCUCAAUGCCCAAGGCGAUGACUUGCGUCAGCGCUUGCAACGGGUCUUUGAGGGAACUAAGUUCUGCGUCACUGGUCAGGGUUCUCUCAUGUGUGUCCACACCACCCAGACAGGACUUCGCGCGGAGCAGAUCACUUGUCGGGAUAAUGUUGCUGCGGUUGAGGCCACAGAUCUCAAACAGCUUUUCUGGUUGGAGCUGGUGAAUGCAGGGUUCUGGGUGCAGAGUCGGGGAACAAUCACCUUGAACAUCGCCAUGUCUACCGCAGCUCUCGAUAUGUUUGUUGAAGCUGUUGAGAAGUUCUGCAAGAGAUAUAGAUCCUUCAUUGUAGUUUAG